AUGAGACUCCCGGUCUUCUUCACGGCUGCGCUCGCUCUCCUCCGUCGCUGGGAGCCCAAAGACACUGGGAGCCUCUCCAACGACCACCUGCCACUUGACCGCCUCCCUGAGUGCUGGCAAAAGUGUUUCCAAUCCACCAAUCACGCUUAUCCCCCCGACGUUAACAAGGUCGGGAUCCGGGACUUUUGUGAGGAUAAGAUGUUCCACCUCCGCAUGUGGGAUAUGCACUGGCUCAGCGCCUGUUCGACCUCUGACUGCAAUGACGAGGAUAUCGACAAGGGCCAGACCUGGUUUGAGGAUGUGUGCAACGCGCACUAG